AUUUUCAUAUUCUAAAAUACAGUGGUUCAUUCAGAAAUUACAAUGGCAUCACCUUCUUUACCCUGUCCUCUAAUCGAAAGAACAAGACCAAUAUGGCAAUAUCCACUGCACAAGUUGACGUCUGGACAAAGUAAAUGCUAUAUGAUGCCAACCGAGAAGAAGCAUGAUGAUGAUGAUGAGUGUUUGCACUACUAUGAUCAUAAAUCCGAUGAAUCCGGUCGCGGUUGUGGUUGCAGUUUUAUUGGGUUCAAGAAAAGUCAAGUGUUUGAUUACAAUUUCAGUAGGGAGAUAGAAGAAGAUGAUGAUGGAGAUUCAGAUGAAGAGCUAUUUGAGAUAAAUCUGAAGAAGUUGGAAGCAUUGGAUUCAAUAAGAGAAGAAGAUGAUGAGUAUGAGAGCAGUAGUACUAGUACUGUGUUCUCUCUUGAUAUCCAUAAUGAUAAAUUAGAAGAUGUUGUUUAUGUAGCAGUUGGAGAAAGUAGUUGUUGUUCAAGUAUGGAAGCACUUUCAUGGGCCUUGAAACACUCUGUCACACCUAAUUCUACUAUUGUCUCUCUCGUACAUGUUUUCCCUCAAGUCAAGCUAAUUCCAACUCCAUUGGGAAAAAUGCCAAGGGCUCAUGUAAAUGAAGAGUAUGUUAACCUCUGCUUGACGCAAGAGAAAAGCAAGAGGAAAAUACUCCUUCAAAAGUUCAUUGACCUAUGUGUUGAUUCAAAGGUUAAGGUGGAGGUGUUGCUUAUUGAGGGUGACAACGUUGCUAAAGCCAUUGUGGACCUUGUAGGGAAUCUUAAUAUAAGGAAAUUGGUGAUUGGAACUACCCUAUCUAAUCUAAGAAAACAUGUUUCAAGAAGACAAAAUUCGAUUGCGGACAUGGUGUUAAAAACUGUACAAGAAAGUUGUGAUGUCAAAAUCAUAUGUAAAGGAAAAGAAGUGAUCGAUCAGAUGAUUAAUGGCUGCACUUCACAACACUCCAAAGACAAUACAAGUUCUAGAGUUUCCCAUAAAGAUUGGAGUGCUUUCAAUCUUGGCAUAGGAAUUGGCAUAUGAUAAAAGACCAUCAGAAUCAACACAUGUAGUUUCUUAUGAGAUAUAGGUAGAUUUAAAUUUUUAAAUAGAACCAAAUACAUUUGCAUUAGGAUUGGCAAUAAUCCCAGUCUAUGAUACAAGAUGGACCUUAUAUUCCACCAUUCUAUUUAACUUUGCAAUCUUAACCA